CUGUGUGGAGGUGAUUACGUGUAGCUCACAGACUAGCACUAGCACUAGCAGUAGCAUCAGUGACAGCAGCAGCUACCUUGUCAAACCGGACAGUGCCACCAACGAGUCACCACAGUAGGAGUUGUUGGAGUGUAUUGUGAGUAAAAUGGAGGAAAUGCGGCCCCGGACUGAUAUUGUUCCAAGUUAAUAUGAUGUGGCAUGAUGGAAUCACCAGCAUUGAAUUCUUCUGAGUGGGACACGCGGACACGGCUCUGUCUCAGUCCCCAGAACAAGGAGCCAUAAACUCCAUGCAUCGAGUGAAGCCACGUACUCCACAGACACUGCGAUUUGCACUGGAAAAUAGACACUGAAAGACGAGCCAUGUUUGCCAAGCUGAAGAAGAAGCUUGCAGAGGAAGCAGCCACUGCUCCGCGGAGUGGCGUCCGUAUACCACGCACCAUCAGCAAGGAAUCCAUCACGUCAGUGGGAGCAGACUCAGGCGAUGACUUUGCAUCUGAUGGCAGCAGCUCCAGGGAUGACCUGCCCACUCUGCUCCUCAGAAGGAACGAUCAGAUCCGGAAGCUGGAGGCCAAGCUUUCAGACUACGCUGAGCAGCUACGAAUUAUGCAGAAGACCAAGGACAAGCUUGAAAUUGCUUUAGAACAGCAUCAGGAUUCGGCUAUAAAGAAACUCCAGGAGCAGAGCGAGUCUCACCAGGCUGGCAGAGCCAAAAUGGCCGAGGGGAUGACUUUAGCUCUGGAGAAGAAGGAUCAGGAUUGGAUGGAGAAGAUGGAAAUUCUGGAAAAGGAGAAGACUGAAUUGUCGGCUCAACUGCAAGACAUGAUGGAGCAAAGUCUGACUCUCUUCAAGAAAAGGGAUGACCUGGAUGAACUGGAGGGUUUUCAACAGCAGGAGCUGGCCAAAGUGAAACACAUGUUGCUGAGGAAGGAGGAGCAGCUGAACCAGCAGGAGCGACAGCUCCACAAGAAAGAGGCUGAAGUCCAGUCGGCAAAGCGUGGGCUUUCUGAGGCUCGAGGGAAACUCCAGACUCUAGAGCAGCAACAUGACGAGAGCUGCAGACUCAACUCUGAACUGGAAAUAGAGCGAGAGGAACUGCUGCUGCUCAGAGAGGAGGCCGACAGGAAGAUCAGUGAGCUGGAGGGAAAAUGUCAGGAGCUGCAAUCGCUCGUCCAGCAGGUCUCUGAAGACUUCCAGAAGUCACAGAGUAUGGUGUCAACUCUAGAGAAUUCACUCCGUGAUUUACAGACUGAACAUGAUUCUCUAAAACUGCAACAGCAAAAGGCUGCUGUGACAAAGGAGGAGAAGGAGCGCUUGUUGGUGGACCUUCAGAAGAAAGUCACCUCCCUGGAAAGACGACUGCAGGGGAACCUGAGUCAGGAUGAGCAUCUACAGGAGCUUCUCCAGGAGAAGUCCAUCGUGGAGCAAAGUGUAGCUGAGACCAGAGCGGAGCUGCUGACCGUGCGGACAAACCAUGCUGAUACUGUCAGCUCACUGGAGGCACAGGUUUCCAGAAUGAGCUGCAGCAUCACUGAGCUGCAGACCCUGCUGCGACACAAGGACGACUCUUCCAGGGCCUACAGAGCGAGAACAGACACACAAGUUUGUAACCUGGAGCAGCAGCUCCUGGAGUGUAGUGACAGACUGAAGAGUGCUGAGCAGCAGAUCACAGACAAACAGCAGCACAUGGAUCAACUGCGUGCAGUGUGGAGUGCAGAGAAAGCCUUUCUGGACCAGCAGGUGUGUUUGUUGCAGCAGCAGAGUGAGGAGAAGGUCGGUCGACUGGAACAAUGCAUUGUGUCAUUAGAGAAGGAUAAACAGACGCUGCAGGACAGAUUGGCUGAUGUGGAGAGGCAGAGUGAUGAUGUGAAUGCCACGCUGACGCAGAGGAUGGAGGAGCUGGAGCAGUGCAGGCUGGAGCUCAACAGUCGGCAGACGCUGAGCACAGAAAUCGCCAAAGCUCUUGAAGAAAGCAGGCGACAGAAGGAAGAGCUGCAGAAACAGGUUGGAGAGCAGACCACAUCCCUGCAGAGCUCACAGCAGGAACUGUCCACUGUCAGUGAGAAGCUGGCGCUCGCAGAGGAAAACAUCACAGCUCUACAGAACGAGGUGCAGAGUGGACAGGCCUCUCAGGUCCAGCUGCAGGAGCAGGACGAGCGACUGCGAGCUCAGCUCAAGCAGAUGGAGCUGGACAGAGACUCUGAGCUGAGCAGCCUGAAGAUGGAGCUGCUCAGUCAGACAGAGCAGUUAGACCGCUGCCAGGCACGGGUCUUGUAUCUGGAGGUGGAGGUAGAAACUCUGACAGAACAGCUUCACAGCCCUGCAGUGUGUGAGGACGACCACAACGGGAGUGUGACGGUGGAUGAUCUGGAUCACAUUCACAAAGUCAACAGAGAGUUGGAGCAGCAGCUCAACGACAAGAACAGGACCAUCAAGCAGCUGCAGCAGAGACUGGCUGAACUGAAGAGAACACUGCAGAAAGAACUGAAGCUGAAGUCUGAACCAGAGGCUGAAGCGAAGGAGAAGCUGACAGAAAGCCGAGCAGAAAAGCAGGAGAGGUUUUGUCCGGAGCUCUCGCCGGUGUCGACCCUGAGUCCCCCGACCUCCAACACCACCGUGACCAACACGUCCGACCUCAACGACUCACGGGAAAUCAACUUUGAAUACCUCAAACAUGUCGUCCUCAAGUUUAUGUCCUCCAGAGAGGCUGAGGCGUUUCAGCUAAUACGAGCUGUUUCUGUGCUGCUGAACUUCUCCCGUGAGGAAGAAGACAUGUUGAAGCAAACUCUAGAGUACAAGAUGUCCUGGUUUGGGUCCAAGCCUUCUCCUAAAGGGACGAUCCGGCCUUCGGUCUCAGGCACCUCGACUCAGUGGAGAUGAUGAUGAUGAUGAGCAGCAGCAGCAGCAGCAGCAGAAGCAGCAGCAGCAGCAGCAGCAGCAGCAGCAGGAGCUGAAAGGAUUUACCUCCAUGAGGAACACGUUUCUAGCUUUAAAGUGUGAACAGUGUUGUUGUCACAGAGCUGCACAGGUCGUGGGAUAAAGACAAAUUCAUCAUCAGUUUAAAAAGGAUCAUAUUUUCUUGUUAAUGGUUGAGGUAAAUCUGCUGUUUUACAGACUAAGCAUAAUUCAUACAUGAUUUAAAAGUGACCUGCUGAGACAUAAAUAAUGGAGUGAUUGACAGCUAUUUUAGGAACUAUUUUUGAGAGAAAGGAGCCUGACUUGAUAAACUAAUGUUGCCUGGUUCUUCCAACUGUAUCAUUUUAAGAUAAACGAGGGGUUUGUUAAAAGACAGGAGGGAAGUUUAUGUUUAACACUAACACAUCAGGUCUGGGCCACAUGCAUGAACAUCUGGUUUUUCAUGUAGACACAAGUGUUCGGCACAUUUCACAUCACAGUUGGCCACAACAAUGCUCGCGUGCACACAAGAAAUAAACCUGAUUUAAACCACUUAUGGAAAGGUUUAAGUUCUGCAGCAGAAUAUGGAAGCUGCUUCGUCCCUCACACCAAACUCCAUAGUCACACAGGAGCUGUUCUUCCAUCAUUCAGUUCAAAUGUUCAGGUUUAUCUCAGUGACACAGCAGCAGACGAGCAGCUCCUGUGUCUCUGAGUUUAAAUCACUGAUGAGAGGUUUUGUGUCCCGUGCUGAAGCUGAUGAGGGUUUUAUUAGGCGUGACUAAAAUCAGUGUUUCCUUGUGUUGGUGCUGGCUGCCGUGGUUUGACCGCGUGUCUGUAUUAAACAGGACCUCAGUGGACGUGACCGUACACGUGCUGACGUCAGUGUGGUCAGUCAGGGUAAACCAUUACAACUGCUCUUCAUGACCACUGACUGUUCUCACGACGACCUGAGCCUCCCUCACAUGCUGUUCACUUCUGGGCUGUGGGCUCCAACCUAAACCACCAAUAAGCUAAAAUAACUUGUUGUUUGAAAGAGCGCCCUCUUCAGGGUCAAAGAAGACUCCGUUCUGUACUGGAGAAACAAAUAUGGCUGCCACCAGCCAACACUGAUGAAUCAACAAUAUGAAUGAUGUGGACUUUAUUUGCCUGUUUGGAUUAUAAUUAUUAUUAUAACAAUAAUAAUAAUAACAAUGGUGUGGUGUAAUAAGUGAAUUUGAUGUAAUUAAUGCCAGAAGGACAUGCUCUACCUUUACCUGCCUUUGCUAAUGUAAAUGAAUGUACAUUCCAUGUGUCUAUUUAUGUAUAGAAACAUGUACAUAUGGUAUGCACCGAGAACUUUAUAAAUCAGUGGAUGUAAAUGGUUUGAUGUUUGUUUUGCAGUAUUUAUCAUAUUUUUAAAUCGGUGGGAGGAUCUGCAUGUCUGCUGUUCAAACGGAAUCAUGGGAUGUCCAACGAAAGCAGAAUCAUUGAAUCAUAAAACAUACGAGGGCGUCGUCUAAACCAGUGGCUCCCAAAGAGCGGGUCGAGACCCACAGAGGAGUUGUGGGAGAUGUUUUUGGGUCCCAAAACAAACUUUUUCCCCCAUGUAAUUUUCCCAAUGUUAUAGUUAAGAUUUAUGUAUUUAUAUUUUAUAUAACAGGCAUAAAAUUCUAAAUGAUAUCAGCUGUAAAUGAGUUGCUACAUUAUGCACAAAUUUGCUCUUGUCAUGAUUAAUAUCUGAGUUAUGAAAUGGAAACACUGGUCUAAACUGUGUCACUGUUUGUUCUUCAUGUCCAUCUGUUGUCUUCAUACUUCCAAGAAAACAUCUGUGACCACAGAACGUUUCCCUGCUGGGUGAUUAAAUACUGUCUCCAUGAGAAUCUAAACAAAGAGUCAAUGCACUUUUUUAACUGUGGUAAAACUCGCCAAACAGUCACUACAGUGUUUGUCUCUUUGCUUUGUAUCAUUUAACAUUUGCUGCUGGGUUUCCCUUUUCUCUUGUUUCUUAAUAUUAAAACCAAAAAUGUAGAAACCUC